CUUUCACCUUUCAACUCUACGUCACCUUUCACCUCUGACCCUGUCGGCUGCUAGUGUGUUGCAGAGUUGCACAAAUGAUUGGAACGGUGUAUUUAUAGCCAAAAAUUAAGCGUUUAAAAGAAAGAGAACACGUAACAGCAACACUUGAAGGAAGAAUUGGAUGUUGUCUGCAAGCUAGAGCACUAUUUGGUAUCGUGACAGUCGUUUUAACGUUAUUUGGAGCAAGCAAAACUUGUUCGUUUGCUUGGAUAAUUUUGACAGGAAAAUUAUUCAAUAUCAAGUUGCAUAUAAUUUGCUGUAUCCGGAAAAUGGCAGCGGCGGCAGCUAAGGACGUUAUUGUUAUAGAUGGAAGCUAUCUGGAAGGGGGAGGUCAGAUCCUGAGGAACGCCACGGCUCUCAGCUGUCUCCUGUCUCAGCCAAUCAGAGUCAACAACAUCCGGGCGGGGAGGAGCACACCUGGCCUCAGACCCCAGCACUUGAGCGGUAUUGAGCUGGUGCGAGACCUGUGCGGGGGGCGGCUCGAGGGAGGAAAAGUCUCGUCCACGGAGAUCGGCUUCACUCCGGGACAGAUCCAGGGCGGAAACUUCCUCGCAGACACUCACACAGCAGGGAGUAUCUGCCUGCUGAUGCAGGUAUCUCUCCCCUGUCUGCUGUUCUCCCCUGGUCCUGCACAGCUCACGCUCAAGGGAGGGACCAACGCUGAGUUUGCCCCUCAGAUAGACUACACAACCAUGGUGUUUGAACCCAUAGCUGAGAAGAUGGGAGUGAAAUACACCUGUGAUGUCAAGAGAAGGGGGUACUACCCGAAGGGUGGUGGGGAGGUCCGAAUCACCACCUCUCCGGUAGCGAUGGUAUCUCCCAUCACCCUCAUGGACAGGGGUCAAAUCACAAAGGUCACAGGAAGGUCAUGGGUCGCAGGGUCACUGCCUGUCAAGCUUGCCCACCUGGCUGGUAAGGCAGCCACAUCCCUGAUUAAGAGAGAGUUUCCAGAUGUUCCGGUGGACAUCGAGGCUGUUCAGGAGCCCAGACAUGCUGCUUUUGGGAACGGCAACGGCAUUGUAAUCAUGGCAGAAACCAGCACCGGUUGCAGACUGGGAGGCUCGGCCCUGGGGAAGAGAGGAGUUCAGGCAGAGGAUGUGGGAAGGAAGGCCGCUCAGAUGUUAGUGAAGAACAUGAAACAUGGAGGAUGUGUGGAUGAAUACCUACAGGACCAGUUGAUCUUGUUCAUGGCCCUGGCUAAAGGCAAGUCCUCGGUGAGAAGUGGGCCGAUCUCUCUACACACAAAAACUGCUAUAUUCAUCGCAGAAACUCUUACAAAGGCAAAGUUUACAGUAACUCCAGAAGGAGACCCAGAGACGGGCACCAACAUCAUCGAAUGUGAGGGCAUUGGGUUGGAAAACAGACAUGUCUGACAGACAUCUCAACUUCAACUACUUCUUGUAGGGCUACCUGUGUACCGAAAGUUCUAGCACAGUAACAGCAGGCAUAUACAUGUAUGCUUUGGUGUGAUGGUCAAAGUUCCAAACAAAAGCAAGCUACACCUACGUGUUGAACAGCUUGCACUUUGUAAUAAAGAA